AUGGCCACUGAACAAACUUCCUGGACAAGCCUGUCCACUAUUCAAAAAAUAGCCCUGGGCCUUGGGAUUCCAGCAAGUGCAACAGUUGCCUACAUCCUAUACCGCCGAUAUAGGGAAAGCAGAGAAGAGCGAUUGACAUUUGUUGGAGAAGAUGACAUCGAGAUAGAGAUGCGAGUUCCCCAGGAGGCUGUGAAGCUCAUCAUUGGUCGACAAGGAGCCAAUAUUAAACAGCUGCGGAAGCAGACAGGUGCUCGGAUUGACGUGGACACUGAGGAUGUAGGUGAUGAGCGAGUGCUGCUGAUCAGCGGGUUUCCUGUGCAGGUGUGCAGGGCCAAGGCCGCAAUCCAUCAGAUCCUGACAGAGAACACCCCAGUGUCUGAGCAACUCUCGGUGCCCCAGAGAUCUGUGGGCAGAAUCAUAGGGAGAGGUGGCGAGACUAUUCGCUCUAUCUGUAAGGCCUCUGGAGCCAAAAUCACUUGUGACAAAGAAUCAGACGGAACCUUACUACUUUCAAGACUUAUAAAAAUCUCAGGAACACAGAAGGAAGUGGCAGCAGCGAAGCAUCUGAUACUGGAGAAAGUUUCAGAAGAUGAAGAGCUUCGGAAAAGAAUUGCCCAUUCUGCAGAAACCAGAGUCCCACGAAAGCAGCCAAUCAGUGUGCGAAGAGAGGAAGUGACAGAGCCAGGUGGAGCUGGCGAAGCAACUUUAUGGAAGAAUACCAAUUCUAGCAUGGAGCCAGCUGCACCCCUGGAGGUUCCUCUCUGCAAAGGAGGUGGUGAUAUGGUUGUUACUGGAUCAAAAGAAGCUUCCUGGGAGAAACCUAAUGAUGACAGCUUUCAGUAUUCUGAUGCCCUGAGCAGUCCAGAGACAUCCAUGUUUGAAAGUAUGUAA